AUGCGCAGUGAGGAACUGAAGCAGGACACCAGUGGUCGAGCAGGAGCCAGUGGCGAGUUCUCUUCAGAAAACAGGCCCAAGUUAACGGCUGCCGAGGGCUCAGGCGUAUCGCCAGCCGCCAUGCUGCUGAGGAUGAGUCAAAAGGAUGCCUGCACCACGGAGAAACCGUGGAAAUGUGGAGACUGUGGGAAGAGAUUUAAUUAUCCAUCUAGGCUAGAAAUUCAUCGACAUAGUCACACUGGAGAGAAACCGUGGAAAUGUGGGGACUGUGGGAAGGGAUUCAAUUAUCCAUCCCAGUUGGAAAUCCAUCGACGCAGUCACACUGGUGAAAAGCCAUGGCAAUGUGGAGUCUGUGGGAAGGGAUUCAGUUACCCAUCCCAGCUAGAAACACAUCGGCGCAGUCACACUGGAGAGGGGACCUUGACCUGCUUUGAUUGUGAGGAUGGAUUCGUCGAUGCCUCCAAUGUGCUGACAGAUGAGCGACUUCAUGCUGAGGUGAAGCCGUUCAGCUGCACUGACUGUGGGAAGACGUUCAGGCAGUCAGCCAGCCUCACUGUCCACCAGCGGGUUCACACUGGGGAAAGACCAUUCAGCUGUACUUACUGUGGGAAGACAUUUAGACAGUCAGGUGACCUCAUUGAACACCAGAGAAUUCAUACAGGGGAGAGGCCAUUCACCUGUUCUGUUUGUGGGAAAGGAUUCACUCAGUCAUCCAACUUGUUGACACACCAGCGAGUUCACACUGAGGAGAGGCCAUUCAUUUGCCCUUACUGUGGACAGAGGUUCAGGCACUCGGGCACCCUCACUGUACACCAGCGAGUUCACACUGGGGAGAGACCAUUUAUCUGUUCUGUAUGUGGGAAGGGUUUCACUCAUUCAUCCCAUCUACUGACUCACCAACGGGUUCACACUGGAGAGAAGCCAUUCACCUGCUCCGUGUGCGGGAAGGGAUUCACCGAUUCGUCCACCCUACUGAAACACCAGCGAGUUCACACCGAGGAAAGACCGUUCAGCUGCACCUACUGUGGUAAGAGGUUUAGGCAGUCAUCUGACCUCAUUGUACACCAGCGGGUUCACACAGGGGAGAAACCGUUCACCUGCUCCGUCUGUGGGAAGGGAUUCACUGAUUCAUCCAACCUGCUGAAACAUCAACGAGUUCACACUGGAGAGAGACCAUUCACCUGCUCAGAGUGCGGGAAGGGAUUUAUUGAUUCAUCCCAACUGCUUAGACACCAGCGAGUUCAUGAGUGACUGAGCGGAUAUAUUUCUGCUAUUAAUAGUCUUCUUUCAGCAUGUGGAGAAGUUCCUCAGUGAAACUGCAGAAUGAGACCGUUUGACCCAUUGUGAUUGUACUGGCUUCUGAAAGAAUUAACCAGCUCGUCUGAUUCACCAGCUCUAUCUCAGUAGCUCAAUAAAUUCAUCACUUUCAAAUGUAUAUUCGUUUUUUGAAAUCUCCGACGGAAUCCACCUCCAGCACAGCCCCAGACUGAAUUCUAAAUCCUAAAAAUUCUAGUAAAGAAGUUUCUCCUCCCUUCACCCCUAGCUCUCUUGCUGACAGUCCUGAAAUUGUGACCAUUAGUUACAGACAUAACAACUAGUGGAAACAGAAUAUCCUUCUUUAUCCUGUCAAAAUUGUUCACGAAUUUGAAAAAUCUCGAGGUCACUUAUUAAUCUUUUCUGUUCCAUGGAGAAUAUGCCCAAUUUCUCUAAUAUUUCCUUGUAUCUAAAAUCCCUAUUCCCAAUAUAAUUCUAGUACAUAUUCUUUGAACUCUUUCCACAUUCUUCAUUUAAUAAAGUGUCCAGAACUGGACGUACCUGUGGUCUGAUUGAUGAUGUGUAGAGGUAUAGCAUCACUUCCUUGCUUUUAUACUCUAGGCUUCUAUUUAUAAACCCAAGGAUAAUAAAAGCCUACUUAACAACAGUUUCCCCUCACCUGGGGGAAUUGUCCGUGUCCCUCUGCUCCUGCACUCUCCUUAAAGUUGUAUCAAUGAGCUGGUAUUGUAUCUGUUUCUUCUACCAAAAUGCAUGGCCUCUUAUUUAUCUGCCAGAUAGAUCUCUGCCCAUUUGGCCAAUUUGUUAAUGUCAACCUCUCAAUUCAGUAUUCUCCCUGGCUUAGUAGCAUCAACAAAUUUAGAGAUUUUGCCCUCAACACACAUCUCCAAAUCAUUUAUAUAAAUCAGAAAAAGCAAGGGUCCCAUUUCUUGGGGAGCACUACUUUCAAUUCAUCUCCAACUGAGAAAUGCCCAUCCAUACCUACCCUCUGUUUUCUAACUUUUAGCUAACUUCUAAACCACACUGCCAAGGAUCCAUCAACCCCAAACAUUUCUAAUUGCUAGCCAACUCAACUUGUGGCGCCAUAUCAAAUGCUUUCUGAAAGUCCUAACAUACUACAACUAUAGCACUGCCCUUAUCCACCAAAGAAAAUUGUAAGACAUGACCUGCACUUGACAAAGCCAUGUUGGCUGUCUAAUAUUAAAUUAUUCUUCUUUAAAUGUAUGUUUACCUUAUUGUGGCCUCCAUCAGUUUUCUCACUCUUGAUGUCAAGCUGAUAGGUCUGUAGUCUACUGGGUUAUUCUUUGCUCCUUUCUUAAACAGCAGUGUCACAUUUGCAAUCCUUAAGUCCCUGGGCUUUAUCCUUGUUCAGAGGGACCUGGAAAAUUUCUGUCAGUGAUUCUGUGAUUUAUUCUGCUACUUCUCUCAGCAAUUUAGGAUGCAUCCCAUUAGGGCCUGGCAUCUUCUCUACUUGGAGUGCUGCCAAUCUUUUUAGUACCUCUUCCUAAUCUAUGACUAUAAUGGUCAGUUUCUCAACAUUCAUAUUUUGGCUUGGCCAUUGUCAACAUUUUUGAAUUUGCUAAAGACAAAAGGAAAAUAUUCAUUUAGUACCUCUGCAAUACCCUUUGAUUCAGUCAGUAGUUUACCCUGCUUAUUCUUUAUGGGCCCUAUUCUAUCCUUCAUUA